UCACUCCUUUGGCACCCCCUCCCCCCUCCGAGCGACAGUUACUCUUGAGGCGAAGAGGAGGCGGAAGACAGGCUGGGGCUGCUUGAUGUCGAUGGGUGAGAGGCCUGCGCUGAGGGAAAGAGGAAGCAGAGCGCGGAGGGAAGGAGAAGGGAGAGGGGGAAAGAGAUGUUUCGGCCCGACAGCGCCGCCACCUUCCACGGCUUUCGAACCAGACCUUAGGUAACAUAAUCCAUGGGUAAAGUUGGGAAGAUGUGGAACAGCUUUAAAUACAGAUGCCAGAAUCUCUUCAAUAAUGAAAGUGGAAACAGAAAUGAAAAUAUUGAUGUGAACUCCAAUAAUUCAUCUGUUAGAGAUAAAAGUGCUUUUGUGCUUGAUCCAGUGGAUCAGCGAUCAAGCAGCCCUUUAAGAGAUGUUUCUUUACAGCUAAGUUUAAAUCCUUCGAAAGCCUCUGCAAAAAAACAUCAAAACUGUGCUGCUGAAAUCCCACAGAUUGUGGAAAUAAGCAUUGAGAAAGAGAGUGACUUGGGUGCCACCACAGGAGCUAGACUUGCACGAAGGGAUUCAUACUCACGACAUGCACCAUGGGGUGGUAAAAAGAAGCAUUCCUGUUCUACAAAAACACAGAGCUCUUUGGAGAGUAAUAAAAGAUUUGGCUGCUGUCGGUUGCAAAGGCGAGAAAGGCGAUACGGUGUGAGUUCUGUUCAUGACACAGAUAGUGUCUCAAGCAGGACUGUAGGUAAUCGUUCUUUGCGGCAAAGGCUGCAGGAUACUGUGGGCCUAUGUUUUCCUGUGAGAACUUACUGCAAACAGUCCAAACCUCUGUUUUCAAACAAAAGAAAGAUCCAUCUUUCUGAACUAAUGUUAGAAAAAUGUCCUUUCCCUGCUGGGUCAGACUUGGCCCAAAAAUGGCAUCUAAUUAAACAGCAUACAGCUCCAGUGAGCCCACACUCAACUCUCUUUGAUGCAUUUGAUCCAUCUCUGGCUUCUACAGAGGAUGAGGAGGAUAGACUCCGAGAGAGACGAAGACUUAGUAUUGAAGAAGGAGUUGAUCCUCCUCCUAAUGCUCAGAUACAUACUUUUGAAGCCACCGCACAGGUUAACCCAUUGUACAAACUAGGGCCAAAGCUGGCCCCUGGUAUGUCUGAGCUUACAGGAGACUGUACUUCAGCACCACAGGGAAGUUCUGACUUGGAGGAGGAUACAACAACCCUCUGUUUGCAGUCACGUAGGCAGAAGCAACGGCAGAUGUCUGGAGAGAGCCAUAGCCACAUCAGCAGGCAAGGAGCUUGGAAAGUGCAUACCCAGAUCGAUUACAUACAUUGCCUUGUGCCAGAUUUGCUUCACAUCACCGGUAAUCCAUGCUACUGGGGAGUGAUGGACCGUUAUGAAGCUGAAGCACUUUUGGAAGGAAAACCUGAAGGUACUUUUUUGCUCAGGGAUUCUGCUCAAGAAGACUACCUCUUCUCUGUGAGCUUUCGUCGUUACAACCGGUCUCUACAUGCACGCAUUGAGCAGUGGAAUCACAAUUUUAGUUUUGAUGCUCACGACCCCUGUGUGUUUCACUCCUCAACUGUUACAGGGCUACUAGAACACUAUAAAGAUCCUAGUUCUUGCAUGUUUUUUGAACCAUUGCUUACAGUUUCCCUAAACAGGACUUUCCCUUUCAGUUUGCAAUAUAUAUGUCGGGCUGUAAUCUGCCGAUACACUUCAUAUGAUGGGAUUGAUUGUCUCCCUUUGCCAUCAAUGUUGCAGGACUUCUUAAAGGAAUAUCAUUAUAAGCAAAAAGUUCGAGUUCGAUGGUUGGAGCGGGAACCAAUUAAAACAAAAUGAACAGAGAAUUCAGAAUCCCCAGAAGCUCAAUAGAAUCUGUGCUUUUUAUGUGUGUUUCAGUAUAACUGCAAUAAGCACAUCAGUGUUUAGGGUUGUUGUUUUUUGGGGGCAAUAUUGUACUUUAAACUUACUGUGUUUACGAGUGUCAGAUGCUGCCUGCAAUUGGUCAUACCUAGUUGUGAAUACUUUUUUAAACAACAUGCAAAAUACAAAAUCACAUAUUUUUUGGGAAAAAAUGGAGACUUUUAGGAUAUGAUUUGCCAGUUCUGAAAUAUGCAGGGCAGAUGUUGGGCAUUGACUUUUAAGUUCCAUUCAGUUUCAAGAUUCAGGCAAAGUGGGUGGCUUGCUUUUUUGUUUGUUUGACUAUGACCACUUGAUUACCAAAACCAAAAAAAUCAACAAACACCUAUCAGAGUUUAGUUUCCCCCAUGCUAAUUUCCUUAUUGAAGCUAAUUAACAAGGGAAACUGUCUCUUCACCUGGCACUUCUGAAACCCAAUCAUGUGCUUUAAUUAUCUGUUAUAUGACUCUGCUCGAUAGCCAAAUAUUUAAUUCUCCAAAUUAAAGACAUUUUAGUGAAUUAAUAAUGUAAGCAUAAUUUAAUCAACCAGUUAAAACUGCACAGAUUUGCAUGUAACAAAAUAGUAGUUCUAAAAGAAAAGGCAUACUUACAGAAUAAUGUCUGCAUAUAGUCCCCAGUAUUAUACUGUAAAAGAGGCAUUUCUGGACUGCAGCCUUCUCUGAGGCUGUCACCCUCCAAAGUGAUCAGCAUUGUGUGGGGAUGAUGGGUUUUGAAGUCCAUCACAUCUGAAGUAUGGGUUGGGAAGAAUCCCAUACUGCUUAAUGCAGAAGGGGGACUACUUCUUGAAUUGCACAUUCAACUUCUAUAAGUAUUUUAAAUGUACAUUUUUUAAAAACACACAAAGCUAUUAAAUUGUCGUUGUUUUAAGAAUAUUGAAAGAGUUUUAAUUGCUUUGGUGUUGCAGUCCUAGAAGCAACACUUGAAACAAAAUUCCAUCACAUGUAGGAAGUUUCAUUUACCGCUAACUAAGCUGGGUGCCACUGUUGGUGUAGUUUUUGACCUUAACUCUGUUUCGCUCAUAAGAACCAUUGAGGAGAAACUGGAACUCCAUAUUAAUUUGGGGUUUUUCAAGUUGAUCUGCGGAGCACCAAUUAUGUGAAUGCUCGGCUUAUAAUAUAGAAAGAUUAUGAGUAAGUAAAUUAUUUUUCUGAUAAUGCAAAUCAUGGCAAUUUUGUCCAAGAGUCAAUUACUGAAUAGGGCCUGGCCUAGGACCCCUGCUUUUCAUGCCAUCCUUGUUCCAUAAUCUAUGCCUCAGGUCUAGGGCCCAAGAUUUCUGUAAAACACAUUGGUUUUGAUAAUGUCUGUACUGAAAAAGAAGAUAUUAAAAUAUGUAAUGUGCUUUCAUUUAUACAAGAAAGUUGCUUGGGGUCUCAGUGGAUCACUUAAUUAUUUUUUCAUUCAAGUGGUCUGCAAAAGUUUACUGCUAUAGUAACCUGUUUUUUUGAAUGGUUCAAAACAGUAUUUUAAACUUCUUCUACAAACUGUUAACGACCAUCUAGCUUACAUAUAACUUCUAGCUGAUCCAACAUACUCACUUUUUACCCCACUUCUCCGUCCCUUCCUCUUCCCUUUUCAAUUCAUCAAAAUUAAAAUUUCAGGCUUCAUAGGUACUCUUGUAUUUGUAAACUGUGUAGCACUUUGGGCGGGAGGGUUAAACUUGUAGAUUGUGUUCCUUCUUCAGCAAAUGCUUUUGGCAACUUGCUCUUUUGCUUCCUUUUUCUCUCUUUGUGGACGGAACAUGAAUUGUUUUGUCCUAGCUGUGUUUGCACUAAAAUUUGUGUUGGAGUAUGGCGUCCCUUGUUUUUUGCUGAUGUAUCUUGUACCAAUGAGUAGCGCUUCUAGAUUCUUAAACUGUUGCUACAGUAUGUUCUUCUUCAUGGCAGUGAGUGCGAGGUAGGGAAACUUCAAAGCUGCAUAUACAGGAUAAAUUAUACUUGUAUGCCAACACUAACUAGUUUAUCACUAUGUGUGUUUCCUUCUGCUUGCUGUGCCUUGUUACAGCAUUUUUGUGCUAAUAAAGUACCGUAUUUUCAGUGUUA